CUCCCUGUAUACAAAGUGGAAUUACCAACAGACCCCAGGCUAUCUUCAUGAGAGAAAAUAACAAUUUUGUCAGUUUCUAUCAACCAGGAAAUCUAGUCUGGGACUGGACCACAGGGACAUUGACCUUGAGGCUGUCUGCAGGUAAACUUCAGAUUGUGAUGGUGUGACAAGUUUGUACAUGUGGGGUAUUCGCCUGUGGUGCUUGCAGUAUUGUACAAAUUGGAAUUGAAAAGAAAAAGUAAACAAGGAAUUGAAGGAGGUAUAAAAUUCUUCCCUUUCCCUAUUAUUAACAAGAAAUAUUGUAUAAUAAAAUGUUCAAUUGGUAUUGGCUAAUAAAAUAGAGGAUGCACAGCUGUCUACUGCUCAGUUGAGCUACAUACCAAUCUCCAAACACUUGUACAUCUACAAGCAGUUUAAGAAACAAAAAAUUGAAGAUGAGGAAGUGAUCUUACCAUGGGAGCAUUUCUAGAAAAGCCGAAAACUGAUAAACACAAUGAGCACGGCGUUGGUAAUGGCCUUCAGUAUGGGCUGGCCAGCAUGCAGGGAUGGCGUAUUGAAAUGGAAGAUGCUCAUGUUGCUGUAGCAAAUUUACCUGGAGUGCUUAAGGAUUGGGCAUUCUUUGCAGUGUUCGAUGGCCAUGCUGGUGCCAAGAUAUCCGCCCAUUGUUCUGAACAUCUUCUGAACUCAAUCACGUCAGGAGAGGAAUUUCAGCCGUCAUCUAUAGCAGAGUUUGAAACGGAAAGUGAAGAAAAAACUAUAAACAAAAUAAAGAAAGGUAUCCAUGCAGGAUUCCUGAGGUUAGACGAGUCCAUGCGACAAAUGCCUGAGGUUGCAAGUGGGGAAGAUAAGAGUGGCACUACAGCAGUAUGUGCUCUUAUAUCGCCUACACACAUCUUUGUAGCCAAUUGUGGAGACUCGCGGGGAGUCUUGUAUCGUGCAGGCAACAUUGGCUUUAGCACUCAAGACCAUAAACCUGUCAACCCUAUAGAGAAGGAGAGGAUCCAGAAUGCAGGGGGAUCUGUCAUGAUUCAGAGAGUAAAUGGAUCACUUGCUGUUUCUCGAGCACUUGGCGAUUACGAGUACAAAAAUGUGGAGGGUAAAGGUCCAUGUGAGCAGCUGGUGUCUCCUGAACCUGAAAUAUAUGUUGAACGUCGCCAGGAUGAUGAUGAGUUUUUAGUGCUGGCUUGUGAUGGAAUCUGGGAUGUUAUGACGAACGAAGAUUUAUGUGCUUUUGUACGGUCGCGCCUUCUACUCUCUAAUGAUCAUGAAGCUAUUACUAAUCAUGUUGUGGACACUUGUCUUCACAAGGGAAGUCGUGACAACAUGAGUUUAGUGUUGAUAACUUUCCCUGGGUCACCCAAGAUAUCGCAAGAGGCUAUAAAGAGAGAGAAAGAAUUAGAAGAUUUCAUUGAGAAGAAAGUUACUGAAUUGUGUGAGCGAGAGAGACAAAUUACCAUACCACAGAUAAUGCAAGUGCUCGCUGAUGAAGCUAUCCCCAACCUUCCCCCUGGAGGAGGUCUAACUUCAAAACGAAACUUCGUGGAUCAGCUGGUCAGAAAGUUAAAACCUGAGUGUCUAAAAUCGGUAAGUUUUUCUGAUAUUGAUUUCUCAUUGGUAUAGAUAUAUAGUAGAACCCUAAAAUAUAGUAAUGUAUAUUUAUCAGCAGGAUACAUAUUUAUUGUU